AGAUGCAAUCCUAUCGAACCAUUUCCCGGAGAAUAUCUUCUUCCUCGUCCGUCGCUCCUCGCUGAUCGAGAGGAUGCCCGACGCGGCGGCGGCGGCGGCGGCCGGUGCCACCGGCAGCACCGGCGGCGGCGACGGAGCCGAGGGCUCCCGGCACCGACACCGAGCCCAGCAGGGGGACGCGGAGAGGCCGGAGCCGGGCGCUGCCUCCGGGGUGCUGGAUAAGCUGUUUGGAAAGCGGCUGCUGCAGGCCGGGAGACACAUCAUGUCUCACAAGUCCUGGAUGAAAACAGUCCCCACAGAGAACUGUGAUGUCCUCAUGACGUUUGCAGACACUACGGAUGACCACACGUUGCUAUGGCUACUGAACCACAUCCGGCUGGGAAUCCCCGAGCUCAUCAUCCAGAUACGACAUCACAAGCACACGCGAGUCUACGCCUUCUUCGUCACGGCUACGUACGAGAAUCUGCUGCGAGGCGCCGAGGAGAUAGGACUGAGGAAAGGAGUCAAGCCCGAGUUCGGCGGAGGAACGAGGAACUUCUCCUGCGAGGAGGAUUACAUCUACGAGAACAUCGAGAGCGAGCUGUGCUUCUUUACUUCGCAGGAGAGGCAGAGCAUCAUCAAGUUCUGGCUGGACAACCUCCGGGCCAAACACGGGGAGGUGCUUCACAACAUCAACUUCCUGGAGGGACAGCCCAUCAUCCCGGAGCUGAGCGCCCGGGGCGUGAUCCAGCAGGUGUUCCCCCUCCACGAGCAGAGGAUCCUGGGCCAGCUGAUGAAGUCCUGGGUCCAGGCCGUCUGUGAGAAGCAGCCUCUAGACGAUAUCUGCGACUACUUUGGCGUGAAGAUCGCCAUGUACUUCGCCUGGCUGGGCUUCUACACCACCUCCAUGCUGUACCCCGCCGUCAUCGGCUUCGUGCUGUGGAUGCUCACCGAGUCGGAUCAGACGAGCCGGGACAUCUGCUGCGUGGUGUUCGCCCUGUUCAACGUGGUGUGGGCCACGCUGUUCCUGGAGCGCUGGAAGAGGAGAGGAGCCGAGCUGGCCUUCAAGUGGGGGACGCUGGACACGCCCCCCGAGGCCCUGGAGGAGCCCCGCCCCCAGUUCAGGGGGGUGAAGCGCUGCAGCCCCAUCACGGGCUGUGAGGAGUUCCACUACCCUCCGUGGCGGCGGCGUGUGUUCCGCUGGCUCGUCAGCCUCCCCGUCUGCAUCCUGUGUCUCUGCUUCGUCUUCCUCGUGAUGCUCGUCUGCUUCGAGCUGCAGGAGUUCGUGAUGGGGAUCAAGGAGAUGCCUCGGCUCGCUCGCUUCAUCCCCAAAAUCAUGCUGGCCAUCACUGUGACUGCGUGUGACGAGGUGUACCGCAAGAUCGCCUGCUGGCUCAACGACAUGGAAAACUAUAGACUCCAGAGUGCCUAUGAGAAAAAUCUCAUCAUCAAAAUGGUUCUUUUUCAGUUUGUAAAUUCUUAUCUCAGCCUUUUUUACAUCGGAUUCUACCUCAAAGACAUGGAGCGCCUGAAGGAGAUGCUGGCCACGCUGCUCAUCAUCCGCCAGUUCCUCCAGAACGUGAAGGAGGUGCUGCAGCCGUACCUGUACGAGCGCCACAAGCUGGGCGAGCUGUCUCUGCGGGCGCUGUGGGAGCUGCUGCUGGCCGUGCUGCUGAAGUACGGCCGGCUGGCGGCCGGCAGGGCGCAGGCCGCGGCCGGCGACCGGGCCACGCCGGGCCCCGGGUUGGGCCCGCUGGACCGAAGGGAGAAGUGUCUGAACGGAGGAUGCGGGGCGCCGGACGAGGAGGAAGGAGGCGAGAAGGACGAAGCCGACAGCGGCAGGUUCAGUGAAGGAGAGACGGAGGAGGAGAGUCUGAUCGACUGCGGCUUGAAGCUCAGGAAAGUCAGCUUCAUCGAGAAGGUGGACAGAAGGCCAGUGGGCAGCGGGGCGGCCAUCGACACCAGCUUCCUGGAUGACGGCAGCCCCACGAUGAUGGAGAAGGGAAUGGACCCCGCCUCCGUGUUCGAGAUGUGUGACGACGACGACGACAACGGCAUCCACGACGUGAAGGAGGCGGGCGCAGGGGGCGGAGCUACGGCCGCGGCGGAGGCCAUUCAUGGCGCCGGCGCUGUUGCCGGCGCCGCCCCGAUGCAUUCUGGGUCAGAGAGCGUCGCAUCACUGAGACACAGAAGAAGAGGAAAGAGCACCGAGAGACCGGAGCCCAAGACCAAGAGGGAAUCGUGGAUCGACCCCCCGGAGGAGAAGGAGAGUACUGCGCUCACUCAGGCGGAGAUGGAGAGCUGCAUGCAGACCUACGCUGACACCUUCCAGGACUACCAGGAGAUGUUCGUGCAGUUCGGCUACGUGGUCCUGUUCUCCUCGGCCUUCCCUCUGGCCGCCAUGUGCGCCCUCGUCAACAACAUCAUCGAGAUCCGCAGCGACGCCUUCAAGCUGUGCAGCGGCCUGCAGCGGCCGCUGGGCCUGCGGGUGGAGAGCAUCGGCCAGUGGCAGACGGCGAUGGAGGCCAUGGGCCUGAUCGCCAUCGUGGUGAACUGCUACCUGAUUGGUCAGUGCGGUCAGCUGCAGCGACUCUUCCCGUGGCUCAGCCCCGAGAUGGCCAUCAUCUCCAUCGUCAUCCUCGAGCACUUUGCCAUCCUCCUGAAGUACAUGAUCCACGUGGCGAUCCCCGACAUCCCGACGUGGGUCCGAGAGGAGAUCACUAAACUGGACUAUCAGCGCAGGGAGGCCUUCAAGAAGCACGAGCGGCAGGCGCAGCAGCACUACCAGCAGCUGCAGAGGAGGAAGAGGGAGGAGGAGGAGCGGCAGCGGCAGGCGGAGCACAUGGCGCGCAGGGAGAGGGAGCGGGACGACGGCAAGGCCGACGCCUCCGGGGACCACCACCACGAGAAGGGCCACGGCGGGAAAUCACGUUCUGGAGGAGGAGGAGGAGGAGGAGGAGGAGGAGGAGGGGGGGGCGGGUCAGACAAACCCAAGAGGCCCAGCUCCCUGAUGGCCGCCAACAACGUGAUGAAGCUGAAGCAGAUCAUCCCGCUGCAGAGUAAGUUCUCGUCGAGCGGCGCCCGCUCCCCUCAGUCCCCCACCGAGCCCAAGCUGCCCGGCUUCCUGAGCUUCAAGUUCCUCAAGUCACCCGAGAACAAGAAGGAGGGCGCCGCGGCGUCCGGGGCCGCCGCCGCCGCUAACGCCACGGCGACGGCAUCGUCGUCCGGCGCCGGCUCUCAGGAGCGCUCGCAGUCGCCCAGCAAAGCCUUCAACCCCGGGAAGCUGUUUAACUUUGGGAAGUCCGACGGCGGCCCGUGCGUGAACGGGACGUCGGACAGGCAGCCGUCCAAGGCCGACCUGAACGGCGUUCCGGAUGAGAUCCCCUCGCCCGGGGGGGAGGGGUCACAGAACGGACACGCGGCGGACUCCUCGGACCCGGCCGGCUCUAAAGUCUAACAGGAACAAACGAACACGAGAAGAAGAAGACGUGAUGUGUUUACUGUGAGGAGAGGCCUGGCCUGACCUCUGUGACCUCACAGGCUCCACGUAGAAGAAGAGAGAGGAGAUGGAACUGACGAGAGGCGGCGGUUGUUUUGGGGAACCUUUUGGCUGCGAGACACACACACACAAAAAAAAACUGGCUUUACAAGAAAGACAUAAGCCGUCUCAUCAUGACACACACACACACAAACACACACACACACACACACACACACCAAUCCUUCCUUGUCUGCAAUACAUAGAGGAAUGCAUGAGCUGCGUUUCUGAUAUUUUUAAGCCUUUAAAGCACACGGCUGUGUUUCUUGAUUUCUUCUCGUCAUAAAUUGCGGGUAAAAGUUAAAAAAGCUUCAAGGCUUUACGAGAGGAUCACACGUGAAGUCAAGAGAUCAUCCGAUGUCAUUUCAAACUGUGAGGAAUCUCUUUGGGCCCUCCACUUCUCGAUUGAAGUGGGAGAAAAAAUAUAGGAAAAAGCAAUAUGGAUCGGUUUGAAUUCCUCCCUUAAUAACACGCAUCCCUGAUGAAUCACCAGCUUUAUUCUCAAAGCAGACGAGACGUCUGACCUUUGAACUCUUCUUCCCGGGGAACGUAGCAGAUGUCGCUCCAAAAAUGAAGUAAGUCGAGCUUUCAAGAGUCGAGCUUUUGUGAACAAGUAUUUCUUCCAAGAGGAAGAGAGACAACAAAGCAAAGAAUAAAAAAUAAACAAAAGCAGAAGUUGAUUGAAUUUGAAGGCUGCAGUUAAGAGUUAAAAGAGUUGAAGGAGUCUAAGGAGUCUAAGGAGUCUAAGGAGUGACCUUUGCACUGACCUCUGACGCCCUGAGAGGACCAGCAGCAGCCGGCCUCAGACAUUAUGCAACAGCUGUGUUCUCCUUCCAUCUCCUCUCCUCUCACAGUUCCUCUCCUCUCCUCUCCCGGGUUCCUCUCCUCUCAUGGUUC